GCUCACUUGCAAUUUGUGUACCACACAAGAACUAGGGGUUCUGUGAACUUCAUCCUCAGGCAUGGAAUUUGAUAAUGGUAAACAGCAGCAAAGGAAAAGCUCCACUUUCAGAGAGCUGAAGCUUGUUGCCGUUGUUGCUCUAUGUCUCAUUCUUAUCUCUCCUGCUGAGUCAUUUGAUCCAUUGGAUCCAACUGGGAACGUGACAAUAAGAUGGGAUAUCGUGUCCUGGACAUCAGAUGGUUAUUUGGCCACUGUGACACUGUUUAACUUCCAACUGUACCGGAAUAUUAUGAAUCCUGGGUGGACUAUAGGAUGGACAUGGGCAAAGAAAGAAAUAAUAUGGGCCAUGAUGGGAGCUCAAGCCACAGAACAAGGAGACUGUGCCAAGUUCAAGUUGAAGAUUCCCCAUAGCUGCAAGAGGAACCCUCAAGUGGUUGAUUUGCUUCCUGGAGCUCCUUUCAACAUGCAGUUUACCAACUGCUGCAGGGGUGGUGUGCUAACAUCUUGGGGGCAGGACCCUUCAGGUGCAGUCUCAGCAUUUCAGAUUGGUGUGGGCCUCUCUGGCACCUCUAACAAGACUGUGAAACUGCCCAAGAACUUCAAAUUGUUGGGACCAGGACCAGGAUAUUCAUGUGGCCCUGCCAAGAUUGUUCCAUCCACUGUCAUCCCCACAGAUGAUCAUAGGCGAAAAACUCAAGCUUUGAUGUCCUGGAAUGUGACAUGCACUUAUUCACAGUUUCUUGCCUCCAAGAACCCAAGCUGUUGUGUUUCUCUGUCAUCUUUCUACAGUGACAAAGUCACGGGUUGCCCAGCUUGUGCUUGUGGUUGUCAAAAUAACGAUACCUGCGUCACGAAGGAUUCAAAGUUACUGCAAGAAGAUGAUGUCUUACCAAAACAUAAAAAAGAUACCACACCAAAACCAUUGUUACAAUGCACACACCAUCUAUGUCGUGUCCGGGUGCACUGGCAUUUGAAAGACAACUAUAAGGACUAUUGGCGGGUCAAGAUUGCCAUCAUCAACUUCAACUAUCGGUUGAAUUUCACUGAAUGGACUCUUGUGGUGCAACACCCAAAUCUCAAUAAUGUCACCCAAGUCUAUAGCUUUGAAUAUAUGCCACUUCUUCCGUAUGAAUCCAUAAAUGAUACUGGUAUGUUCUAUGGUUUGAAAUAUUACAAUGAUCUGUUGAUGGAAGCAGGGCCUAGAGGGAAUGUUCAAUCUGAGGUGCUCAUGAAGAAGGAUAAGAACACGUUUACCCUCAAACAGGGAUGGGCAUUCCCUAGAAGGGUCUACUUCAACGGUGAUGAAUGCAUGCUGCCACCUCCUGAUUCAUACCCCAUGUUGCCAAACUCUGCUCAUACACUACAAACAAGUGUUAUAUUGAUGGCAGUCAAUGUAAUUUUGGCAUUACUUUUUCAUUUGGUUGUUACUCUUUUGUGA